CGAGUAUAAGCUGGCUGUGGGGAGCACAGACCACAUCCCCUGCCUCCAACUCUCAGUCUCACACACACACAUACACACUCACACUCACACACAGACAGGUGUGUGUGACCAGCAGCACCGAUAAAUUCUGGAGCAUUUGGAUCGAUUUAUUUUUUUUUUUGUUUUGAAUAUAUUUUUUAUACAUAAACACCGCCAUUAUGUUGUGGACGGCGAGUCAAGUCUUACGGAGAUUCUCCACCUCGUCCCAUUAUUACCAGAAUAAGCUGAAACUAGCUAUAAUUGGCCAGAGCCUGUUUGGCCAGGAGGUGUACAGCAACCUGAGGAAGCAGGGUCACAGAGUGGUGGGUGUGUUCACUGUCCCUGACAAGGACGGCAAGGCUGACCCCCUUGCGGUGGCGGCAGAGAAAGACGGGACGCCCGUGUUCAAGUUCCCGCGGUGGCGGGUCAAGGGGAAUCCCAUCCCAGAGGUGGUGGAUGCCUACAAGGCGGUGGGUGCUGAGCUCAACGUCAUGCCCUUUUGCUCCCAGUUUAUCCCCAUGAACAUCAUCGACCACCCCAAGCACGGCUCCAUCAUCUACCACCCCUCCAUCCUCCCCCUGCACAGAGGAGCCUCAGCCAUCAACUGGACCCUGAUCCAUGGCGAUAAGAAAGCUGGCUUCACAGUGUUCUGGGCUGAUGACGGACUGGACACCGGACCGAUCCUGCUGCAGAGGGAGUGUGCUGUGGAGCCCAACGACACUGUGGACACACUUUACAACCGUUUCCUCUUCCCAGAGGGCAUCAAAGCCAUGGUGGAGUCAGUGCAGCUCAUCGCUGAUGGAAAGGCCCCUCGGGUUCCACAGACAGAGGAAGGAGCCAGCUAUGAAGGCAUUCAGAAGAAGUCCAAUGCCAAGGUCAACCUGGCCCAACCAGCUGAGGCCAUCCACAACUGGAUCCGUGGCCAUGACAAAGUUCCUGGUGCCUGGACUGUCAUUGAUGGUCAGUCUGUGACCCUGUACGGAUCAUCCAUGUUAGCGGGGCAGGUACCAGCUGGUCAGCCCCUGGAGAUCGAUGGGGCAUCCCAGCCUGGCCUGGUCACCAAGAAUGGGCUCGUCCUGUAUGGAGCUGAUGGGAAAGCACUCCUGGUGAAGAACCUGCAGUUUGAAGAUGGGAAGAUGAUCCCUGCCUCUAAGUACUUCUCCUCUGGAGAAAGCACCAGCUUGGACCUGACUGAUGAUGAGAAGAAGAUGGCGGAGGAGAUCAGGAGCAUCUGGAAGGGCAUCCUCAGCAACGUCCCAGCCAUUGAGGACACCACAGACUUCUUCAAGUCCGGAGCUGCCUCCAUGGAUGUGGUGAGGCUGGUGGAGGAGGUGAAACAGAAAUGUGCCGGUGUGCAGCUACAGAAUGAGGACGUGUACAUGGCCACCACCUUCCAGGAUUUCAUCCAGAUGUUCGUCCGCAAGCUGAGAGGAGAGGACCAGGAGGAGGAGCUGGUCGUCGACUAUGCGACCAAAGAAGUGAACAACAUGACAGUGAAAAUGCCAUACCAGUGCUUUAUCAACGGCAAGUUUGAGGAUGCAGAAAAUGGCAAGAGCUACGAUACCAUCAAUCCUACUGAUGGAUCUGUGAUCUGUAAAGUGUCCUACGCCUCAGUGGGGGACGUGGACCGGGCGGUGGCAGCUGCUAAGGAAGCUUAUGAGAUUGGCCCCUGGGGCAGAAUGAACCCUAGAGACAGAGGAAGUCUGCUUUAUAGGCUUGCAGACCUGAUGGAGGAACACCAAGAGGAGUUGGCCACCAUUGAGUCCAUCGAUUCAGGGGCGGUGUACACGUUGGCCCUCAAGACCCACGUAGGCAUGUCCAUCCAGACAUUCCGCUACUUCGCUGGAUGGUGUGACAAGAUCCAGGGCAAGACGAUCCCCAUCAACCAGGCCAGGCCCAACCGCAAUCUGACCUUCACUAAGAAGGAGCCUCUGGGUGUGUGUGCCAUUGUCAUCCCCUGGAACUACCCUCUCAUGAUGUUGGCGUGGAAGAGUGCCGCCUGCCUCGCGGCUGGAAAUACACUUGUGCUUAAACCUGCGCAGGUCACUCCGCUGACAGCGCUGAAGUUUGCUGAGCUGUCGGUGAAAGCUGGCAUUCCAAAAGGAGUCAUCAACAUUUUGCCAGGCUCAGGUGGCAUGGUGGGACAGCGUCUCUCUGACCACCCAGACAUCCGCAAGCUGGGCUUCACCGGCUCCACACCUAUUGGCAAACAGAUCAUGAAGAGCUGUGCGCUCAGUAACCUGAAGAAGGUUUCUCUGGAGCUGGGAGGGAAGUCGCCUCUCAUCAUAUUCAGUGACUGUGACAUGGACAAGGCUGUUCGCAUGGGUAUGAGCUCGGUGUAUUUCAACAAAGGUGAGAACUGCAUUGCUGCUGGACGUCUGUUUGUGGAGGAGUCGAUACAUGAUGAGUACAUCAGCCGAGUGGUGGAGGAGAUCAAGAAGAUGAAGAUCGGAGACCCUCUGGAUCGCUCCACAGACCACGGCCCUCAGAACCACAAAGCCCACCUGGACAAGCUGCUGGAGUACUGCGAGGUCGGAGUGAAGGAGGGGGCCACGCUGGUGUACGGAGGCAGACAGGUGGACAGGCCAGGUUUCUUCAUGGAGCCCACUGUGUUCACUGAUGUGGAGGAUCACAUGUUCAUCGCCAAAGAGGAGUCCUUUGGCCCAGUUAUGGUGGUGUCCAAAUUCAAAGAUGGCGAUGUGGACGGCGUGCUGCAGAGAGCCAACGACACCGAGUACGGCCUGGCUUCCGGUGUGUUCACCCGCGACAUCAACAAGGCCAUGUAUGUGAGCGAGCGACUGGAGGCCGGAACGGUAUUUGUCAACACCUACAACAAGACCGACGUGGCUUCGCCUUUUGGAGGCUUCAAGCAGUCUGGGUUCGGCAAAGACCUCGGGGAGGACGCUCUCAUGGAAUACCUCAAGACCAAAGCAGUGACUGUGGAGUACUGAGGCCCAGAAGGCUCCCAACAAACUCUGACUCUCAACUCUGAACUCUGAACAGAAAGGGACUCAUCUGUCUGCUUCACUUGGAAACCCAGCUUCAUUCAGCAUUGCUUCUGGACAGUGUGUGUUUGUGCGUGAGUGUGUACUGUACGUGUGAUAGGAUGGUGUGGUCGUACCUCGGCCACAGUUUGGACAUCGUGCCUGUCUUUUCCUGGCUGGCUGCGUGAAAUUCACAUCAUGGCCAAGGGGGGAAUGUGGUUUUUACCCGCCUGGAUAUAUAUAUAUAUACAUAAAACCCUGAGAUUGACACUGCUUCACCUGAUAGAAGCCUGAGCUGGUUCUGACCUUAUGUUCAAGGUUUCAGUUCCAUAAAGGUGUGUUUUAUGUUAAAACACGCUCACAAAUUUCCUACCUUAAGUCCAUUUUCCCAUCGUUAUCGAUCAUGUCAAACAAUGAUUUACAAAAUUUGAAAAAAUCUGAUAAAGUCAUUCCUCUCUCAGUCUCCAAUGAUGCUGCCUUCACCAUUCCUUUAAUCUCUCUUUGUUUAAAAAGAGAGGGCUGUUGUAUAUCGUAGUAGAAAACAGACAUGGUUCUUGGAAUUGAUCAUCUAUGAUGGGAAAACAGGGUGAAGGAUACAGCUGAAUCCAUAAUCCACAUAAAAGCUGUUAUCAAAAUAGUCUUAGCUCAUGGUGCAGAGGUAGCUUUUUUUCCACAGCUUUCAACUCCAUCAUUGGUUCACUGUUAGAUGUGAUCAAAAGUUUGUGAAAGAGUCAGUAGGCUGACCUUGAGUAACUUAACCCUUCAAGCGCCAUAUUCGCAAAACUGCAACAAGCAUCGAAACUGAAAGUAACAGACCAUAGCUCCAGAUAGAGUGCCAAAUCUUAUAACCACUUUCCACCGCUAGAUUGCGGACAUGUGCUGCUUCAAUCCUAACACCAUCUCAGGGCACGUGCCUAUACAAAGUGUACGAGGAAAUCGAGUUUGAAAGAUGCCCUCAUCAUGCGCUCAUAGUCAGUGAUACAGAGAAAUUACAGAGAAAGCACGCAAAAUGUCUAGACAUCUGCUCAGUGAUGAGUAUUAGAUGAGUAAAUUUACUCCCAUCAUAAGCUUUGGGUCAUAUUCAGUAUUUUUCUCAUUUACAGUAUGCCUUUAUCUCUAACCGCUUCCAAGCUACAGGCUUUAGAAUUCUUGAUGUCAAAAUUGAAUAUUUUCUAAAAAUAACUGCGGCGCCUAAAGAGUUAACACCAGGUUGUGUUUUAAUGCCUUCUCUGGUUGAAAGUUUCAGGUCUUUGCUCCUGCACCUGUAACCACACAAAACAGUGACGUCACAGUGGAGAAGACGUCGUCAUCACUGAAGCAAGAGUAGCAGUAAAAACAGGUUGGCAAAAAAAAGGCGCCUUUAAAAUGAUUUUGUCAAACUAAUAUCAAAACAAGUGAAUUUUCACAGUCAUUAAACUGGUGGCAGUGACAAAAGGGAUUGUUGACAUUGUGUUAUUAUGACUUAUUGAUACAGUUUUUAUGAGGACUGACUAACAGCCAAACGAAAGUCGGCACACAACCACACUUUUAGACUGAUUAGCAUUACCAUAGGAUAAAAGAAAUAGUUAACUGUGAUGGACUGACUGUCUCAGGUGCAUUUCAAAUUAAUGCUAUACAUGGUUCAUCUUUAUUUCUAGUCCGAACUUUGGCUCAGACCAGGGAUUUUUGAGAUCUUAAAAGAUGAGAUAUGAAAGUCUUAUUUUUCAUGCCAUUCAAAAAAAGGCAUGUACAGACAAAUGCAUCUGUACCAAUGUAAAACACAGUAUUAUCUGUCACUAUAUCAAGCUAUGUUGAGCCAUUUGGUUUUUCAUCUCUGUCACACACUCUCUCUCUCUCUCUCUCUCUCUCUCUCUCUGGUUGUUUACAUCAUGUCCUUGCAGCUGUCUGUUCCCACAUCCUCACUUGAGACUUUCACUCUCCUCCAUUUGACUUCAAUUUGACUUUUUUUGUAAAUAUUUUUAACAAAAGAGGGAAAAAAAGGACUAUCUGAUAUAUUUUUGACAUUGUAUUUGUCAGACAGAGGAAGACUAUAUGUUAAAACACUAUAUUAUAAACCAGCUAGAUUUUUUUAUGCAUCACUUAUGUGAAGACGUUGUGAAAUUAGUUUUCUAUUUGUCCCACAUUGUCAGUGAACGCAGCAAGGGCUAGAAGAGCAACUGGUUUCUUUCUCGCACUUUGUGAAAAAAGUGAGAGCUGUCCCCUCAAUAAACAGUAUGUCUUCAGCUAGCAAUGCAACACAAUGGUGAAUAAAGUUCAUUUUGAAAUUCA